AGGCCUCCUGUAGUUCUGGGGAGUCGCCCCUUCUGGCGGGUGUUGGCGUCUCAGGCCCUGACCGUGCCCUUGCUCUUCUCGUCCUCCAGGCUGCACGAUGCUGUGGUGCCUCUGGCUGCCCCUCCUGUGGCUGGCCCCCUGCGCCGGGGCCGUCCGCCCCUGCUUCCCAGGCUGCCAUUGCGAGGUGGAAACCUUCGGCCUGUUCGACAGCUUCAGCUUGACCCGGGUGGACUGCAGCGGCCUGGGCUCCCACAUCGUGCCGGUGCCCAUCCCCCUGGACACCACCUACCUGGACCUGUCCUCCAACCAGCUGGAGACGGUCAACGAGUCCAUGCUGACGGGGCCGGGCUACACCACUCUGGUGGGCCUCGACCUGAGCUACAACCGCAUCGCCCAGAUCUCUUCCGCCACCUUCUCGCGCCUGCGCUACCUGGAGUCCCUGGACCUGAGCCACAACGCCCUGGCGGCCCUGCCCGAGGAGAGCUUCGCCAGCUCGCCGCUCAGCGAACUGGACCUGAGCAGCAACCGGCUGGCCCAGAUCGCCCUGGACGCCUUUACUUCUCGGGGCCAGGGCAAGCCCCUCCACGUGGAUCUGUCCCACAACCUCCUCACCCGGGUGGUCCGGCCGCACCUGGACCGAGGCCUCCCCAACAUCCAGAGCCUCAACCUCUCCUGGAACCAGCUGCAGGACGUGCCGGACCUCCAGGGCCUCCCUCUGCGCUACCUCAACCUGGACGGCAACCUCCUGAGCAGGGUGCGGGCCGGGGCCUUCUCCGGGCUGAAGGACCUCACUCACCUGUCCCUCAGCGGCCUCCGCCGCCCCCUGGAGCUCGCCUCCUUUGCCUUCCGAGACUUGCCGAGCCUCCAGGUCCUCGAUCUGUCGGGCAAUCCCAGCCUCCGCGCCGCCAAGGCCGAGGUCUUCUCCAGCUUGAACUCCCUGCAGGAGCUGAACCUGUCCGGCACGGGGCUGGCGGCUCUGCCCGACAGGCUCCUGAAAUACCUCCCGUCCGUCAAGAGCAUCACCCUGGGGAAGGACGUCUGGUGCGUCAAGGUGGUCAAGGAGGGCCAGUACCGGCGGGAGACGGGCCGGACCAGAAAGGAGGUCUUGUACUGCCACGACGGCCACGGCGCCGUGGCCCAGGCCCCCUUUGCCUUGUGAGCCACGUCACGGCGGCCCAGGAGAGGCGCACGGAGGGAAGGCCCCUGGAGGGUCUGUCUGGGGAAGGGUAGGACCCGCGUG